AUGGCCAAGCGUAAACCACUACGAGAUUUUCGAAAGCCAGUCGCUUCAACGAAACCACAGCAACUCUCGCCGUGUCCAGAACACGACCAGCUCAUCAACAAGACAAAGCGCCGAGUCCGACAGGCUCACGAAAAGCACAAGUACGACAACAUCAACAACAACAACAACAACUCCCUCUGGCCCACCCGUCCAACUCUCGCGGAUCGUCUGCAUGCCCUUCCGCCGGAACUGCGCGCUCAGAUCUUCUCCAAAGCACUCGUUCAGCCGUGCAAGUGGGAGAUCGAACAUCAGGACGAUUGUCCACUGCGGAACUCAAGCGUCAACCUCACUCCAUAUACCUGCAAUCGGUACUGUGGCGGUGGUGCGCGGCACUUUGCACAUUGGCGGCGCAUCACGCGGGCCGGUGUGCCCGCCACCGUCUCCCCGUGGAGCAGCAAGUGGGCUCCGGGACACACGAACCCCUAUCUCUGUUCAGACUGCAGCGAACGCUUCCGCGCACGCCCCUUCCCGAAGGCGAGCAGUCUCCCGUGUCUCUGUGCGCGCCGCGACGGGCUGGAAAUCCUCCUCGUGUGCAAGCAGUGGUACGCAGAAGCGGGACGGGUGUUCUACACCGCGAACAUCUUCGCUUUUGAAAACGCGAGCACCUUCGCCGCGUUUGUCAGGACGCUGAACCCAAAGUGGCGCGGCGUCGUUUCCAAAGUCAGCAUCAUGGCGCUGUCGUUCGAAAUGCGACCGGACGAAGUCCUCGCGAGGACGGAUGUUGGUCACGCCGGCUAUUUGCGGCAACGGCAAACCGGACCCUCGAUGUGGUCUCUUCUCCGUGACCUCCCAUCGCUCUCCUACCUCGAAUUGGACCACAUCUUCCUCUCAAAUGCCAAGGUUGUGCGCAACAUGACGAAGCUCGGGCUUCGGAACCUGCGCUGCCUGCGCUUCUCACGGCGUUUGCAGGACUGGGAUCCUCAAUGGACGUCCGGCACGCCCACGGUCUGGCCUCAUGUCGCUGGGAGGACGCUUGUCUCGGGUGGGUUUGUCGAGGAGGUGGCGAGGACGAUCAAAGGCCAGAGGCAAAGGCGUUUGAAGAGAGGACUUGAAGGCGCGGUUCGAGAGUAUAACGAACAAUUGGAGGAGGAGACGAGGAAGAAGGGAGGUGAAUAG